CACUGACCCCCGUCAGGCGUGAAGCGAAAAACGCAAAACGAAAACGAACGGAUUUGCAGCAGCAAGAAAAAACACAAAAAAAUCCGUCAUCGAAAGUUUUAAGCCGUAGUUACGGAGACCCAACUAAAAAUAAUCGGAAAUAUUCUACUUAUUUUUCGUUCCGGAGUGAUGUUUAACCCGUGAGAAUCGUUUAAAACGUAUUUUAUAAAAGAAAAACAAGUUCCAAGUGUAAAUCCGGUUAGCAAAAGUGAAAGCAAUCGCUUUUGUGACGGCUGCAGCUGCCCCUGCGAAGCCAGAAAAUCCCAUCGAACCAUUGAUAGACGAAGAUUGCCAAAAAAAUUGGGCGGUUUCCAGAGUUGACUGCUAGGACGAAAGUUAUUUCGUAAUCUAGGCGACGCUGUGGUCUAUAUCCACUACACGCACAUACAGGAAGAACUGGAAACGGGUUUUUGUUUUCGCCACAGGCGAUUCUAAAAGCGGAAUUCUGCUUCGAAGCGUUCUGGGAAGUGGACAGAAGCACAACUUCUAUGGCUACGAGAGGCCCAUCGUUGGCCUCAACAAAGGUAGGUGGUGGUAGUAAGCAGUAGAGUGAUUCUAUUGUCACGUUCGUCCGAUUACCACUGCGUUAUCGUUUUCUUGGCAGCAGCUUCUGCGGAACUUAACGAACAGUGAGUAGAUUUGAGGGCAGCCGGCCGAGACUGUAGCAAGCCGCAAUGGCAAAGGAGUACGACUAUCUGCUGAAGGUGCUGCUCGUUGGCGACAGUGAUGUUGGGAAGCAGGAGAUCCUUUCCGGACUGGACGACGGCUCGUCGGAGAGUCCGUUCUGCAGUGGAAGCACCGCCUACAAAACCACCACAAUCCUACUGGACGGCAAACGUGUCAAACUACAGGUCUGGGACACGUCCGGUCAGGGUCGCUUCUGUACCAUCAUCCGGUCCUAUUCUCGCGGAGCCCAGGGCAUCAUUCUAGUGUAUGACAUAACCAACAAAUGGAGCUUCGAUGGGCUGAGUCGUUGGUUGAAGGAAGUGGAGGAGCAUGCUCCGGGCGUCCCGAAGGUGCUGGUAGGCAACAGAUUGCACUUGGCUUUCAAACGUCAGGUUGCAGCGAAACAGGCGGAACUGUAUGCCUCCCGUAAUAAGAUGGCCUGCUUUGAGAUUUCUCCGCUGUGCGAUUUCAACAUACGGGAAUCGUUUUCCGAACUGGCACGGAUGGCCCUGCACCGUAACGGGAUGGAACGAAUUUGGCGCUCGAACAAGGUACUCUCGCUGCAGGAACUGUGCUGCCGGACGAUCGUUCGCCGAACUAGCGUGUAUGCAAUUGACACUCUUCCGCUUCCGCCUUCGGUGAAGUCCAAUCUGAAAUCAUACGCGCUGACUUCGUCCCAGUGUCUCAGCACGGUCCUGCACCACAACACGGCGCCGGCGUCCAACGCAAAGAACCUCAAGUGCAAAACUCCUGCCGGCCAUCUGAAGCUGCACCGGAGUAGCGCCAUCAGCAGCGUAAGUGGCAGCAUGCGGAACAGCUGCGUGAUAUCCUGAUUGGGGUCGAUUGUUGCGUCGCUCAGGCGGAUUUUCAUCCCACGCCGGAGACGGUCCCGCAAUAAUAGCAGCAGACGGAGCAGUCAAAGCACUGCUGCCAUCGUUGGGACCGGCGUCGGUACGGGUGGAGGCGCAACCUUCCUCGGCGGUGGGCGCGGCGGUAAGAGUGGUUGCUGUUUUUAAGUUUUUUUAUAUAUGUUAUUUUUGGGUUUUCUCUUGUUUCAUGAUCUGUAUAGAAAGUGUUAUGAUAUCGGUAUCGCGCUAGGAGUUUUUCUUACCUUUUAUUAUUUUUCUAUUAAUUUGAAUUACGAGCCAAUGUUGGGGAGUAUUUUUUGAGGUUGCUAUCGAUCUGCGAAGAUUUCCUUUUCGUAUUGUGAUGAACUAUUUUUUUAAUCGAGCUGGCGGAAAAUGACAGGUUAAUAAUUUGUUUUCAUUCAAUUAUAUCCUAACCCUAUCCUUGUUUCAGAUUUGACCAAAUUCUAGCAAAAAUGAUUUUUUCUCGAAGCUAAUUUUUGGAAAUAUUUGACAUUCCACAAGGAAGCCACCUCGACCCUUAAUCGGUUUCAAUUUAUUUCAAAGAACUGUGGUGUUUUACCAGUAUGAUGAACUAUAUUGCGACUAAAACGAUAACAAGUCAGCGAUGUGAAAUGCGAUAAAUUAUGAUUACGGAUCAGAACUAAAACACAGUUCGAGUCUGGAGGGAAACAAGUACAAGUCAAUUGAGGAUCAUCUAAUCCCUCGUUUCGAGCUAUCAGUGCAGGAUAAAUUGGAAAAUUUUUGACGAGAGCUGUAAACUGCCUUUAAUGUGAAUUAGGGACUCCCUUAAAUGCUGUUUUUACAACGUGCUUCAAAGCUGCUCUAUCCAUCAGCGACGGUAGCCUAGCUAAACAUGCGGAGAUGGUGGAUAAAACGGGAAAUUCCAGUGGUCAAUAUCAGAUAGCUGUCGCAUCGCACCCCGCGAUUCCAGGAAGCUUCCAGGAUCUUGAAGCUCAGUUCGUUGCACUCUCAGCAGAUGUUGGCCGAUUGAAAAUCAAACCGACGUAUAGCCGAAACCGGAGCAAACACUGCUCAUCAAAACGUCGUCCGUUUCAUGGGAGAAGAAAAAUUCGAACGGAGAUUCCACAUUCCAACCCCGAAAGUUCCUUCACUAUGCUGCCUUCCAAAAAUCCAUAAAACCCAGUGUCUAUGCGACCAAUCUCAUCCAACAUUUACGCGCUCACCGAAAGAAUGGCUGCUUGGUGAAUGAAAUGAAAAAGUGCACCGUUACCCAUGGAAAAAAUACAAAAAAUGGCAUAGAUCUUUUGGAGCAACUGAACGAUUUUGAGGCCAGGCGAAGGGAAACUCUGGUAUCGUUUGAUGUGACGGUUUGAUGUUUUGGAAAGUUUCCGGCAAUAUCUAGAACGAAGUCACGUACUACCCUAUCAGAGCCUUUCAGUGGCAGAGUGUUGUAUGGAACAGAACUUUUCUACGUUUAGAGGGGAAGUUCUACAAGCAAAAAUAUUUGGUCUUAGCAUAGGCAGCAAACUUUCGUCUCUUCUAGCAGACGUCUUCUUGAACGACCUCGAGGUAGCUUUAAGCAAAGAAAAGCUCUUUCCUCAAGUUUGAAGACGGUACGUGGACGAUAUUUUCGCAGUUGUAAAAGAACGCUAUCUAACCCAGACCCUUGACCUGUUGAACUUCCAUCACAGCACAAUAAAGUUUAUGGUAGAGGAAAUAGAGAGGAAAUUGCCGCUCCUAGACAUGAUGAUUAUCAGAAAGGCGGACAAAAUAAAAUUCGGGAUUUACCGUAAACCGAUAUCCACAGACCGAUACAUAAAUUCCGACUCCAAUCAUUUCGGCGCUCACAAACAAGCAGAUUUCCAUUCCGAUGGACUAUCUCUUCAGUGUACCGAUGGGAAAUGAAGACUUUAAGGCCGAGUGGGAUAAAACAUACAAAGCUGAAUUGAACGGAUAUUUAUUAACAAAAUUCUAAGGAAACAUCCAAGGAAAAAGCACACAGACAAUAAAAAAACAGGAACCAAGAAUCUACUUGCCGUUUUACCCCAAAAUAACUAACUCCGUUCAAACCAACCUAAAACACCAAGGUUACCAAGUCGCCUACAAAAGUGGUAAAACGCUGUAAAACCUCUUGUGUAACCUUAACCCUCCAGAGUUGCGCAUAUGGCGUACUGAACGAGCGGCCGCUGAUGCUCUUACACGAUUUCGCCAGCUUUUCAGAGCAGCGUGCACUAGCGCGACUGCCGGAAGGUUAAAGACAAUGUUCCAACUGACCAAAAAUCAGAAAUCUACCAAAGCCUCCAGCAAAGAUUGCCACGUAGUAUGCAUAGGUCAAAUAUGCUGCACGAGAGAGCUAACGACUCCAGUGUGGCGGCACACACUAUAGCACACAAUCACACACUAGACUGGGAAUUCAGCCAAUGCUGAACAGGCGCUUAUGAACGAAGACGAUGCGCCAAUAUCGUCACCCCUUUCCCACCUACCAAAUCUGAAAAUUCAGCGAAUUUUUUUAAUUUUUUCGACGAGUAAUGCAUGCAGUGUGAUUGCGUUUUUGUGAGUGUUUUUGUUUCCGAGAAAUUACACUAGCCAAUACCCACCAUGUUCAAACAAAGGGAUCUCCACAAUCACAUAAAAGUUGACGAUUAGCUCCGAACAAGUCGCAAGCCGCUAAGAAGGAGUUCGAGUUGAUGUGCGAACUUGGAUACUGCCGCCGUUCCAGUAGCUGUUGGGUAAGCCCUAUGCUGUGCGUUCCUAAAAAAACGGCCAACGGAGGUUCGUGGGCGUCUACAGAAAACUUAAUGCCGUAACAAAUCCUAAUCGGUAUCCGGUACCGCAUGUAUAUGACUUGUUGAACGCCCUGUAUGGUAAGUCGAUUUUUGCUACUCUACAUCUCAAGCGGUUUAAAUUUCGGUAGCGGAAUGUGCUACACGAAAACGGCGGUAAUUUGGGUUAUUUGAGUUUACGAGGACGUACUUUGGUUUGCACAACGCUUCGCAAACAUUUCAACGUUCUAUGUCUAAACUAUUUAACGACUUGAAUUUUGUUGUAGUUUUUGUGGAUGAUAUCUGUAUUGCUUCGACGUCCCCAGAUGAACAUCGAAGUCAUGUGCGAGUAGUUUUGCAGAGGCUUCAGAAAAACGAACUGGUUAUCAAUCUCGCAAGAAGGUUGUUUCACACAGGAAGAAGCCGAGGCUCUGGGCUACACCGUAAAUAGAUAUGGCGUUUGACUCCUACCGGGGCGAGUUGUAGCAUUGUAAAAUUUUAAACUACCAACGACAGUUAAUAAAGCGUCGUUUCUGGCGGAGCUGCUCGGUUUGACGAAGUGUUAUUUUGUUAGCGUCGGAUUUAUGGCGGAAAUAUCGUUUGCGAUGUUUCUGUAAGCGGCGAAUUUCGGCGCUUCACCACGGGUGCUUGUGGUCCAUCCUCUUCUUGAUGCGUUUCACUGGAACAUUGGGGUGGAGUAUUCGAUAGACAACGUUGUAGAAAAUCGUGACAGCUCAUUGCAGCACAUUAACUCUCUCCAGCCGACAGCAACAAUCAAUGUGGAGAUUUCGUCAAGGUUGCAAUGAUUGAAAUCAAAGUUAUGGUCGUCAAUCGACUGGAAAAAAUCCUCUCCUGCAUUAGUGCGUACAUCCAACCGCAGAACAAAAGGUUUGUGGUGAGGAUCGAUUUUCAGUAAAAUGCUUGGCAAGCAGCUCAACUACAUCGACGUUGUUUACGAACGCAAGAUCGAGUAUCCUUCCGUUCACGUUCGUAAGUGGGCAGAUCUGGUACAGACUGGUUGCCUCUUGUUCUAAUGAGACGUUAAGAGGUAAAUAGUAUUUCAAAUCACUAUCAAAAGAGCACUGCAGCCGAGGCAGAUUGUAAUCACCGAUGAUGAGAAAACUGUCGGAGCUGCUGGCUUUUGUACAACUCUGGGUCGCUAUUUGGCCUCAGGUAUAUACAACAAAUAAAGACAGACUGUUGCGGAAGGUUAAUACGUACUGCGAUUUGCUCCAAAUUUUCAGCUCCGCCUAAGCUCCGCAGAGAGCCUGCAAUGCAGUUCUUCAACGCUAUAAGAACGCCUCCACCACGGAGCAGAUGGCUAAAUGCUGGGUUGCGAUCACAUCAGUAUAUUACAUAGUCCUGCGAAAGUUCUGACUUGAAUACAUCAUCGCGCAGCCAUGUCGCGGUCAGACCAAUGACGUCGUAGUCGCUGGAGAAGAGUGCCAGCGAAAAACUGCGUUUUCGUACUCAUACCCCUCACGUUCUGACAGUACACAGAGCGAAACUGAUCAUGAUGUGUGUCCGGUUGGGGAGCCAGGUGCAGUAGGAGCCGUCGGUGCUGGAGCGGACUCGUUUGUCGAUGUAUGACUUCUAUUGUCAUCAUAAGCAGAAAGGCGAUUCGCGAACGACGGUUGAUCGAUAUGAGCCGGAGAUAAUGGCGAUGAAACACUUCAUCCAACCCCGAUAGUAGUAGACCUGUUGAGAUGACCACACACGAUGUGAUGAACACCUUCACCUACGCAAUCGUUAUGCUGCAACAGAGUGGUAGAGUGUAGGAGGGACAAAAACAUCACUGGAACACUCGCCUCUGGCGAGAGCCUGAGGGCUCCCACCGUACAACGCAUGAAGUUUAUUCCAUUGAUGGGGUUAAUGCAUUGGCUCUCCCGUUUUUUGGUUGAUCGAUAAAUUCUCGGAAUUAAAAACCGGCAGGCCACGACGAAGGAUCCAAGGCUUGACUUCUUACUGCAGGAUCCAAACCGACUUUGAGGAAACGAGAGACAUACGAGAAACAUCUUGUUCCUUGGGAACUAGACGGGCAACAUCUGUGGGUUCUAUUGCAAAUAGGCACCUGGAUACGAUUUUUGGCACAUCGCCGUCACUUCCUUGGUGCUGUCGCUGAUAUGAUUGAUGCAACUGACAAGUCACUCAAAUUAACUGACUUCGUUCCCCUAUCGACAACAGCCUGCAUGCUUGGUUUAGGUUCUACUUGACGACGUUUUACACUAAUUCGAGGCCAAAUUGGAAUGUUCGACCGACUGAAACUAUCGAGUGUCAGCAAUGUUGCGAGUCCGCAAUAUAGGAGCGAAUGCUACGUCAUUUCAGUUCGUCUCUGCAAGUAGGACAAAUAAACAUCGCUGAGCGAAUGCUUCCUUGCACCCGCGAGUGUUGAAACCACACUACUGAUGGCUGAUAUGAUAAAACGGUCAGCAAAAUCCACACCGUAUCGGCCCGAGAUCGUGGAUAUCCAAUUUACAUUGUCCACAUUGCUUUUUUCCAUUCCGCUUUGCUCCGGGUACGAUUGCAGCGGAUGAAUAUGAAACUAUUAUCUCGAUGGAAAAAUCGCAGACGUCGAAUGCGCACUUCAGAGGUUUCAGUGAAUGAGAUUUAGAUAGCGCUGCAAGCGAUAAGUGGAAUGUGGACCAAUCUACAGAGUAAUGUAAACAGUACUAUCACAAUUGGAAAAAAUCACUGUUUUUCCAAACAGUUUCACACACUAAUUUCAGCAACUAACACAUCACUAAACGAUCAUUCGGUGAGUAACUGGCUUGAAAUUGAACGGUGACGAAAACACUCAAAUAAAACGUUAUAAAAACCGUUCGUACAGAAACUGUCUGACAGUCAAUAGGACGACCAACUCAAUCUCACAUGAAGGGCUCUUCAAAGUCGUGUAUCGAACAAAUAAUUCCUCAAUGUCAUUACCAACAGUAAGAAUCCGAAUUAAGGAGGGCUCUGUGGUGUGGUAGUGCAUACAUGAUUUUCUCACCAUGCUAUUUUUGAAAACAUUUGACAUCCCACAAGGCUUACAAGUGGCUUACUUCGACCCUUAAUUGUUUUUCAUUUAUUUUAAAGAACAUCUUCAACGCCUAUCAAGCAGAUACAACCGCAAAGUCAAAUUCUUUCGUUUCAUCUUGCUUGUUUGAUCCGACCGAAAUCAUAUUGAGUCUACAUCACAAAUCGGAAAUGCAUUCAAACCAUACAUUUUUGUUUAAAAUGAUUAUUAAUAUUAGUUGACCUAUCUGCACGAACGAGUAGCAACCUCAAAAAGAUUCCCGACACUUGUGUUCUGUUUAUUUAUUUCUUGUUAGGUUGUGCAGAACUCGUUGGCAUCCACCAGCGUUGGUUAAGUAACAAAAAUUGCAUUUCGUUUUGUAAGAAAGUAAAAAACCCUAGAAAACUAAUUGGAACAAAAAAGUCUAUUCAGAAAUUCUGAUUAAAUAUCGAUAAAUAUACCAAAUACUAAUUUUAUACAUUUAUUAUAAAUUAUGCCACAAUCGUGAAGCACACAUAAAUUGAAAACGAACAAAAAAGUUUACAUUUCGUUAACAGUACUAAUAUCAUGAAGCUAAUUUAAGUUAAUUUAAAGUAUGAUAAGAAUUUUGUAAAAAAAUAUUGAAAGAAAAAAAAACCAACGCAACCGUGCAGAGCCGUUCAAAGUCCGGACUGUUGAGAUUGCUAAAUCGACAAAUCAUAGCAAUCGCUUGCGGGCGAUUUAGCGCUACAGCCCUGAGUUUGAAGGUUCACACGUGUAACAAAAACUAUUCAAAACACGUCCAAUUAAACCUCACGUAGUUUUUCAAAUUAUCUUAUCCAUACACUAUCGUAUUGCAUAUAAAAAAAAUGCGAAAAGUAAAGAUCGCACUGCAAAUCAUUUCAUUCGUUCACUCAUGCAGUGUUGCCAUAUUUAAUAACGAGAGACGAAGUCAGAUAAAAAAAAAGGAAAAGUCGUCUACAAACUGAUUUCUUUUGGGUUAAGAUUUUCUACCUGUAUAGGAGCUAAAACGUUUUGUAAUCUCAUUGACAGAUGAAGAAGUCACAAGAAGUAAAAUUCAAAAAACUCACAAACAAACAAACACACAAGCAAAUUUGCAAACAUUUUCAUAGCCUACUAUCUAUCACCAUAUUUACGCGUGUGCGUUUUGAGAAUGUUAUUACAAGACCAUGCGAUAUUGACUGACGUAAAAUUGGCACAGUCAUCUAUAAUAGAUUAACUUAUUUCACUACAGAACAAGUUGGCAGUUGGUAUAUAUUCCCUCCCCCCAAUAACCGACCGUUUUUUAUGUAUCUUUUUCCGGUACUGAUAUAACGUUAAAUUUAAGUCACCAAUACACAAACAUAUUCAAAGGAAGGCGAAACUCACAAACUUAAUCCCAUUUUUGCAUAACGCUAUAUAGUUGAACUUGGUGGCUCUGUCACACGCCCCAGCCAGAAAGUUCGUACAUAUUUGUAUUAUAUACGCAUUGAACUGAACAGUUUAUCCUUGUACAUAUAUACAGUAUGUAAAAUGACAGAAAAUAUUAAACAAAGCAAGUAUUCUCAAAUCA